AUGGCCAACAUCGCACUCAUCACCACCAUCCUCAAGGGCGUUACGGCCUUCUGGUCCUUGCUCGUCUUGGCCGUUAGCGCGGCCAUGAUUGCCAAAUUCAACAGCUAUGUCGGAGGGUAUAUCGCAGGCUCAGGUUUCAGCCAAGGUAAUGCGGUGCUCGCUGCUGCCAUCCUAUGUUUCUUGUACUUCUCCAUCGCUCCCGCAUCCAUCAUCCUCAGCGUCAUUGCCGAUGUCGCCAUCAUGGGGUUCCUCUUCAUCCUCAACCUAGGCUCCGUAGCUGCCCUCAGUGAUGUGGCUGGCGCUUUCAAGGGGUGCCGAGGAGACCGCUUCUGCUCGCUUGGGAACGCAACUCUUGGUCUCGGCUGGGUCUUGGUCUUCUUGAUCCUCGCCAUCCUCCUCCUCGAGAUCAUCGUCACCCUCCGCGGCUACGGUGGCGGCAUGUCCACUUGGCGCACCCCGUUCAACGAGCUCAUCACCAACGGCACCACCAAGACCGGCCGAGGCGUCGAGCACCACUCUGAGGCGGGGCUGGGUCGUCCAGAGGGUCUAGGGCUGAUGAAGGGAGAUGGAAGCGGGUAUCAUAAUGACGGGAUUUGGAGAGGAAGCGGGAGAUCGGAUAAUAAUGGGAAGGGUGCCUGGAGUCUGGAUGUCGCUGAGCGGCUGUUCAUGAGGAGAAUCAAGUUCAAGCGUCGAAGGGCCUCCAAGUACACCGUACAUUGA